CUCUGUCUCAACCAGAAAAGAUUCUUUUAUUUAGUAAUAAGAAAGUAGAUAAACAGGACAAUAUAACCCAAGCUCUAUUUGACUAUGUGGAAGAAGAAGCCGAAGCACUAGUUGCUUCAACAUCUGGGACUUCUGAAACUACUAAGACGUCUAACCUACCUGAGCCAAAAAUCGUUGAGCGCGACAGUUCAAAACCCCAAAUACAGGCUUCUUCGUCAUCUCAAACAAUAGAAAUAGAUUUAAUGUUAGCUGAAAUUGGUGCAAU